CAUCGACAUCACCAACAUCAUCACACACUCACUCAAUUUGCGAGCGCGAGAAUUCCAAGCUGCAAGGAACCGUAAAAAAAAAGACCCAAAAAACUAGCCGCACACGAAUACAACACUCGACAAGAACCAACAUGGAGCCUAUCACUCAGACCCCAGUGACUGUGAUCGUCAACAGCAUCAAGGGCCAGAACAUCGCCUUCACAACACCUAAGGAUGCCUCACUUACAUCGCUAUACGACACACUGUACGAACGCGCUCCAUGGAUCCAGAGUUCAUCAUACAUCCUCACAACAAACUCACGCCGAACAGUCCGCCAUGCUGAGGAGCCAGUCUCGACCCUCCUCUCUUCGCCGUCAGACACAUUCCUUUCGCUGCGCCUGACUGUACCUCUAUGUGGUGGAAAGGGUGGGUUUGGAUCCAUCCUGCGUGCCCAAGGUGGCCGCAUGUCGUCACGCAAGAAGAAGAACCAGGAGGACGCAAACGCCUCUUCACGAAAUUUGGAUGGACGACGACUGCGCACCGUCGCUGAAGCAAAGACACUCGCCGAGUACCUCGCGAUCAAGCCCGAGAUGGAACAGCGUGAGAAGGACGAACGCAGGAAGCGGUGGGAGGAUAUUGUGGCCAGCACAGAGCGAAAACAGGAAGAGUUGCAGAACGCUGGUGGCAAAGCACGAUUGGACGGCAAGUGGCUCGAGGAUAAGGAGGAGGCCGAGAACAAGACGAAAGAGGCGAUCGAGAAGAUGCUGCUAGCACAGAUGGAGAGCUCAGAAGAAGACGAGGACGAAGCAAAGCCUUCUGCUUCGACAUCGAAGCCUGCGCAGCAACGAGCUAUGUUUGGAUGGGACGAUGAAGAUGACGAGUUCAUGAGCGAUAGCGAUGAAGAGGAGGAGGUAUCUGAGGAGGAUGCGAAGCAGCCAGAGUUCGAGGGUAAAGGAAAGGGAAAGGCAGCGUGAGCGCAAUCAUCUAUAUCUCGAAACUGCAAGGAGGUGACGGCAGUUGCUACAGCAUUAUUAUGGUUCAGGCGUUUGUCCAGCGAUUUAUCUCGAUACCCGGCUUGUAUACUAGCUUUCGGCAAGCACAACAGACAAUGCAUAUUGUAUAUUCG